CAAAAAAUAAGAGAAGAAUGGUGGCAAUGAUUCUGUGAAGCUUGAGAUUGAGUAACGCCGAUUCACAUAUUUGCAUAUUCAAAAGGUUUAGUAGAUCUAUAAGAAAGCUACAAUUAUUAAUUGGUUUUGACAACAAUGAAUAGCCAAGGAGGUGGUAACAACCAUGCAAACUCAGAAGAUUUUGAAGAACAAGCCCCUCUUGUAGAGCCAACAGUUUAUGCUCCUGAUCCAGAACUAAGAUCAGUGAUAGAGACUCGGAUUCAAAUUGCUCUAGAACGUCAACGAUUGGGACAACCUUUAACAUUUGAGGAUGUAAUGGCCCUCGAUUAUGAAGAUGCGUUACGUCAUCUUAACCAACAAAAUCAACGCCAACAUGAGCAACAACCACAACCACAACUAGAAGAAGAACAGAUAGACAAUCCAAUAUUGAGAGAAGAAGAAAUUAUGAACAAUAUUGGACGAGAAUAUUUUGAGCCUAUCGAUGCUGAGAGUGUGCAAAAUAUGGAAUUAUGUAGCAUUUGUCAGGUGAACUAUGACAUUGGUGACGAAAUUGGAAGAUUAGACUGUGCACAUAAAUAUCACAUGAGUUGCAUCACACAAUGGAUCCUAAGAGAGAACAGAUGCCCUCUUUGCAAUCGAAUGGGAUUAUAUUUUAAUUAAAUGAUGAAAAGUGUGGCUAAAUCAAGUACUUCAUAUGAUUUAUAUUUCCUUGAGCUUUUGCAUGUUUUUUUUUACAUAUAUUACUUAAAAUAAAUGUAUUUCAUUGUCGAUGAGACAUGGACGGCAUGAUGGGAAGUUAUUUCUUUGGAACCUUUUUGAAUUUCUUUUUUGUAAUUUCAUGGAUAUUAGUUAUUCAACAUUAUCAUAUUAUAUGUUGCGUUGUCAA